AUGUUCUUUAGCGAGUGGAACACCAGUGUAGCAGGAGUGUCAGCGUUUGUGUUCCUCGUGGGUGCUCUCGAGGUGGGCUAUUUCCCUUUCUUUGCAUGUCUGUCAACCCCUUGCCGAGAGUUCGGGGCUGUUCUGGGAAUCCUCUGCUCUUUGACAUGGUUAAUCAUCACACUGUGGGAUACAGUGACGUGUCCCACCGGUAAGAUGCUGGGUAGUCGCCAGAAGCUAGUCUACAUGUGGCCGACCAUUUUGUCUCUCAUCUUCCUCCUGGGGCGGUUCACAUACAUGCUGAUCAAAGCUGUUCGGAUUCGCCUCCUGCUUGAAACUGAGGACCAAGAGCAGCUAAUCCAGUGUCACCAGGCCAAGCAUGUACAGAGGUUGUUGAGAAGGAGCCCUAUUGACCGUCUGCAUAAGUCCUGGCUAGCCACAACCAUCUUUGCCAGCCUAACAUCUGUGUUAUACACAUUCCAUGUGUUAGCAUGUUACCGGAAACAUCUGAAGAGAUUGUGGGCUGGGGAGAAGGGCUUUCUUCCUGAGAAGUUCCAUAAUCCCACUUCUGCAGUCAGUGGGGCUGCCAUCACAAAAUACUCCGGAUGGCAAAUAGCAUUUACUUUGUGGGGUUUUCUAAUUGUUCACUUUAUCCAGUUCGUCUUUGCGUUGCUCUUUGCCUACAGAGUGGUCCUCCCCAUCGAAAAAGGAAGAGUGUUGGAAAUGUUGACCAACCUGGGAACCGUUCUUUUGACCAUAGGUAUCGUUAUAGGAUUGGUUAUAGUACAGGUGGUGCUGGUCCAAGUGUUCUUCCUUCAGGACAAGAUCUCACCUUCAGACAGGAAGAAACCUCUGGCACUCAACAACAGGAAGGCGUUCCACAACUUCAACUACUUCUUCUUCUUCUACAACGUUGUGAUGGGCCUGAGUAACUGCAUCCUGCGUCUGCUGAUCAGCUGCGUGGUGGGCACCUGGCUGGUGUCACGUAUCGACCGUACCAUCAUGCCGAGGGGAUACGAAUCCAUGGACCCUGGUUACAGCACUUGGAUCGGGAUGAUUUUCGCAGACCACUACCACAACAACCCUGUCAUGGUGUGUUUCUGCCAUCUUCUCCUGGAGAGACAACAGAGGACCACAGAGGCAGCAUCGUACUCCACGUUCAACAACACACCUUCGCCAGAUUCAGUCUGUGGAAGCCUGGCCAGGCGGCGAUGGAUGCUCCUCUACACCCUGAUGAAGAACUCACGACUGAUCCUCCUUUGGAAGAACAGGACCUCCUCCAGUCACACUGACCACCAGGACACUGUGGUCCAAGCCUGGCUGCUGGCCUCUCAGACCGAACAGAUGGGACAGGCACCAGAGACGACGGCCACAGCAGUUACAUCAGAUCAGACUACGACCAAUGGGCAGGCAUUAACUGACUGAUUCUGUUCAUGGCUUAUACAUGCCCAGCCUGAAAUAGUCUAGUACAAUAAUGUGAUAUAACAUUUAGUAGACCUACACACAUUUCGAGGACACCUUUAUGGCUCAUGAGUGCUACAUUUGAUACCACAGGCCAAGCUCUUACAAUGUAUUGUUUUGUAUGUGAUGAAUCAUGGGAAAUGGGGAUAACUGGUCAGUUGAACAACUGAAAUGUGUCUUCUGCAUUUAACCCAACCCCUCUCAAUCAGAGAGGUGCCGGGGGUGGCUUAAUUGACAUCUACAUCUUUGGCACCCAGGGAACAGUGGGUUAACUGCCUUGCUCAGGGGCAGAACAACAGGAUUCUUACCUUGUCAGCUCGGGGUUUCGAUCCAGCAAACUUUCGGUUACUGGCCCAACGCUCUAACCACUAGGCUAAUAUGAUUAACGCAUUAUACAUUCGGAAAUACCUACAUAAUUACUCCUACUGUGAAAAAUGAUAGGACAAAUGGGACAGAGUUAUGCUUUUUACCUCAUAACGGUCCAUUUGUUUUUAGUAGGCCACGUAGCCACAGGAAGUAGAGGUGCUGAGGGUUUUGCAAGCACUCUCUGAAAAAUCUGAAUAAAAAAUAUACAGUACCAGUCAAAAGUUUGGACACACCUACUCAU